ACACACACACACACUCGCAUGACUUUAGUUGUGAAUGGCCCCGACGCUUGGCACAUUAGGCGGCCGAGAAGUGGCUGUCAGUCCGGGCACUGCUACCUGCUGCAGACCGAGCUUGCGCCGCGUACACCCAUGGGUGUCGCUACUGUGACUGUCUUCUGCGUUUGGACUGCAUGCAGCGGCUUUGAUCGGUGCAGUUAUUUCCAGAGUCACUCGCUCAAGCUAUUUCGGAGCGGUUGGAAACGUGCAGACUGGUUGGAGUAAUUUGGAUUGAGGAGCCGCACGGAGCGCUGCAGCAGACACGGUACCGGAGCAGCAGACACGGUACCGGAGCAGCAGCAGAGGAGGCACGGAUGUGAUGCCAAAGCUGACCAGAAAAAACAAAGGUUCAAGUCUAGAAAAGAGAACUGUUGGGUGUCCCCUCUGGAGAGGGAUCUGGACUGUGAUUCAGCCUAGCGAAAUGUAGCGCCUCACUGCCCUCAAAGCCGGAUUUGGAGACCUGCCUGCUGUCUACUCAUGAUUUUUCUGUAGUCUAGUCCAGGGCAUCUGCUGCAGUCAUGUUUAGGAACAGCUUGAAGAUGUUGCUGACGGGAGGGAAGGCCAACCGCAAGAGUCGCAGCAGUGAUGGUGGGAGCGAGGACUUGGCAGACCCCCGCUCGCCCAGUCUAGACCCUCACCUGAGCCACGUCGGCCAAGGUGGCAGCAUAGACAGUGACUGUGCCUUUGAAGGAGACUACGGCGUGCCCCCGCUCUCCAUGACUGAGGGCAUGCAGCACAUUCGCAUAAUGGAGGGCGUGUCACGCUCGCUGCCCUCCUCCCCCCUGCUCACCCACCAGACCAUCAGUGUCAGGCUCCAGCCUGUGAAGAAGCUCACAGGGGAGUCAAGCCAGGAGCUGGGCCCCCCUCCGUCGGUGGAUGAGGCAGCCAACACAUUGAUGACGCGCCUGGGUUUCCUUCUGGGAGACAAAGUGAGUGAGGGGCCGGCCGGCACCCAGUACAGCAUGGAGGAACCCGAGGCGAGACAGGGCCAGAACCAGAGGAUCAGCCCGUGCUCCACCCUGACCAGCAGCACUGCCUCACCCCCUGCAGGCAGCCCCUGCUCCACCCUCCCCCCUUCGAUGCCUGGCCAAGCCGGCAACAAGGACUGUGCCUACGGUUCUGUCACCAGUCCCACCUCAACCCUGGAGAGCAGGGACAGCGGGAUUAUUGCCACACUGACCAGCUAUUCUGAGAACAUGGAGCGAGGCGGCAAAUACGGCGAGGGCUCCCGAGGAAACCUGAAACUGUGGCAGUCCCAGAAAUCAGGCAUGGAUUCGUUCCUGUACAGGGUGGAUGAAAACAUGACCGCCUCCACCUACAGCCUCAACAAAAUCCCUGAGCGCAACCUGGAGAGCAUGUCCUCCCACUCUGCCCACUCCAUCCCUCUGUACCUCAUGCCCCGCCCUAAUUCUGUGGCUGCUACCAGUUCAGCCCACCUGGAGGACCUGGCAUACCUGGAUGAGCAGAGACACACUCCAUUACGCACAUCGCUGCGCAUGCCCAGACAGAGCACCACCUGCGGGCCGGGUCGCUCCGGGCCGGACCUGAGAGUGCGUUUUGCACCCUAUCGGCCUCAAGACAUCGCCCUCAAACCUCUGCUGUUUGAGGUGCCAAGCAUCACCAUGGACUCCGUCUUCACGGGUCGCGAGUGGCUCUUCCAGGAGAUCGAUGCCCAUCUCAACAGUCCCAAUGCCAGCACCAACCGCGGCGUGGCAGUAGUAGGCAACAUCGGCUUUGGCAAGACCGCGAUCAUAUCUCGUCUGGUGGCGCUCAGCUGCCACGGCACCCGCAUGAGGCAGAUUGCCUCCGACAGCCCUCAGGCCUCACCCAAACAUGGAGAGGGGCUCCCUCUCACCCAGCCCCAGCCCACUCAUGGCACCCUGGGCGGAGGCAGCUGUCCCGGGACCCCUGAGAUGAGACGACGUCAGGAAGAAGCCAUGAGGAGGCUGGCAUCUCAGGUGGUGGCGUACCACUACUGCCAGGCAGAUAACGCCUACACCUGCUUGGUGCCGGAGUUUGUGCACAACGUGGCGGCUCUGCUGUGCCGCUCGCCGCACCUCGUUGCCUACAGGGAGCAGCUGCUGAGGGAGCCACACCUACAGAGCAUCCUGAGUCUGCGCUCCUGCGUCCAGGACCCCCUGGCCUCCUUCAGGAGGGGGGUCCUAGAGCCCCUGGAUGCACUUUACAAAGAGAGGAAGAUCAACUCUGAGGAGGACCUCAUCAUCCUCAUUGACGGUCUGAACGAGGCAGAGUUCCACAAGCCAGACUACGGAGACACCAUCGUGUCCUUCCUCACUAAAACCAUCAACAAGUUCCCUCCUUGGCUCAAACUGGUGGUUACAGUCAGAACCACGUUGCAGGAGAUUACCAAUGCGCUGCCGUUCCACCGCAUCUCUCUGGACGGCCUAGAGGAGAAUGACGCCAUAGACCAGGACCUGCAGGGCUACAUCCUGCACCGCAUCCACAGCAGCCCAGAGAUUCAGAACAACAUCUCACUCAACGGCAAGAUGGACAACACCACCUUCGGCAAGCUCAGCGCCCACCUCAAAGCUCUGAGCCAGGGCUCCUACCUGUACCUCAAGCUCACCUUUGACCUCAUCGAGAAGGGCUACCUUGUUCUUAAAAGCUCCAGCUAUAAGGUGGUUCCAGUCAACCUGGCAGAGGUGUACCUGCUGCAGUGCAACAUGCGCUUCCCCACGCAGUCGUCGUUCGAGCGGGCGCUCCCUCUGCUCAACGUGGCCGUGGCCUCGCUUCACCCGCUGACUGAUGAGCAGAUAUAUCAGGCCAUCAACGCUGGUUCACUGCAGGGCACAUUGGACUGGGAGGAUUUCCAGCAACGUGUAGACAACCUGUCAGUCUUCCUGGUUAAGAGGAGGGAUGGUACCAGGAUGUUUGUUCACCCCUCCUUCAGGGAGUGGCUGAUCUGGAGAGAAGAAGGAGAAAAGACAAAGUUCCUUUGCGAUCCAAGGAGCGGUCACACACUACUGGCCUUCUGGUUCUCUCGGCAGGAGAACAAGCUGAACAGGCAGCAGACUAUUGAGCUGGGCCAUCACAUCCUCAAAGCACAUAUCUUCAAGGGUCUCAGCAAGAAAGUCGGGGUUUCCUCAUCUAUCUUGCAAGGCCUGUGGAUAUCCUACAGCACAGAGGGCCUUUCAGCUGCACUUUCUUCUCUCCGAAACCUCUACACUCCCAACAUCAAGGUGAGCCGGCUGCUGAUGCUGGGCGGUGCCAAUGUAAACUAUCGUACGGAGGUGCUGAACAAUGCCCCUGUCCUGUGUGUCCACUCCCACCUGGGCUACAUGGACAUGGUGGCUCUGCUGCUCGAGUUCGGCGCAUCUGUCGAUGCUCCGUCAGAGAGCGGCCUAACGCCACUGGGCUACGCCGCAGCUGGGGGACACAUGGCCAUUGUGACUGCGCUUUGCCGCAGGAGAGCUAAGGUGGACCACCUGGAUAAGAACAGCCAGUGCGCUCUGGUUCAUGCAGCCCUGAGGGGCCACAUGGAAGUGGUGAAGUUCCUCAUCCAGUGUGACUGGGGCAUGGGGCCACAGCAGCAGCAGUCACCACAAACCCAACAACAAGCGGCCUUUACCAAGAGCCACGCAGUCCAGCAGGCCCUCAUCGCUGCAGCCAGUAUGGGAUACACAGAGAUUGUGUCCUACCUGCUGGACCUGCCAGAGAAAGAUGAAGAGGAGGUGGAGCGGGCACAGAUCAAUAACUUUGACACCCUGUGGGGGGAGACAGCUCUGACUGCAGCCUCUGGUCGGGGGAAGCUGGAGGUUUGUCGUCUAUUACUGGAACAGGGUGCUGCGGUGGCCCAGCCCAACAGAAGAGGCAUCGUCCCGCUGUUCAGCGCUGUCCGACAGGGACACUGGCAGAUUGUGGACCUACUCCUCACACAUGGCGCAGAUGUCAACCUGGCUGACAAGCAGGGGCGUACUCCUCUAAUGAUGGCAGCCUCAGAGGGACACCUGGGGACUGUUGAGUUCUUACUGGCUCAAGGAGCCUCUCUGUCUCUGAUGGAUAAGGAGGGUCUGACCGCUCUGAGCUGGGCCUGUCUGAAAGGCCAUUUACCUGUCGUCCGCUGCCUGGUGGAGAGUGGAGCCGCCACAGAUCACGCAGACAAGAACGGACGCACGCCCCUCGACCUGGCUGCCUUCUACGGUGACUCUGAAGUGGUCCAGUUCUUGGUCGACCAUGGGGCCAUGAUAGAGCAUGUAGACUACAGCGGGAUGCGUCCUCUCGACAGGGCGGUGGGCUGCAGAAACACAUCGGUGGUGGUCGCCCUGCUCAAGAAAGGAGCCAAGAUAGGUCCUGCCACAUGGGCCAUGGCCACCUCCAAACCCGACAUCAUGAUCAUCUUGCUCAGCAAACUCAUCGAGGAGGGGGACAGCUUCUACAAGAAGGGGAAGGUGAAGGAGGCAGCGCAGCGUUAUCAGUAUGCCCUCAAAAAGUUUCCACGCGAAGGCUUCAGCGAGGACCUCAAGACAUUCAGGGAACUCAAAGUAUCACUCUUCCUCAACCUGUCCCGAUGUCGGAGGAAAAUGAACGACUUUGGGAUGGCUGAGGAAUUUGCUACGAAGGCACUCGAACUGAAACCAAAAUCGUAUGAGGCAUAUUAUGCCAGGGCACGCGCCAAGCGUAGCAGCAGACAAUUUCCUGAAGCCUUAGAGGACCUGAAUGAAGCCAUAAAGCAGUGCCCCAACAACCGAGAGAUCCAGCGGCUGCUCCAGAGGGUGGAGGAGGAGUGUCACCAGCUCAACCAGGAGGAGCACCAGCAGCAGGACCUGGAGCUGGAGCCUCCUCCCUCCCCUCCUCCUACGCCUCCCCCAGAUGAGGAGGAGUCCCUGUCCAUGUCCAUGCCUCUUCCCCCUCCCCCCGAGCCCCGUCUGGAGGACAUGGAGCCCGUUCAGGACCUGUUUGAGGAUGAGGACUACCUGGAGCAGGAGCUGGAGGCAAUGUCUGUGGGUCUGCCCCCUCCUGAGUCUCACAGCAAUCCUUCCAGCCUUCCCAUCAUCCAGAGCCCACCGCUCUCCCCCACACAUCCAGAUCAGAUCUACUUAGCUGGAGGUUCACCCAUGGGCCAGCCGUACGAAUAUCACCCCACCUCCUCCUCCAUGUCCUCUCCAACCCGCGGGACAUACCAGCCCACAUCGCCCUCCCUCUCCCCGACGCAUCAGAACUCGCACUACCGACACAGCCCGCCUCAUACCUCCCCGGUGCACCAGCAGUCCUACAGCUUCAGCCCACCUUCUAUGGAUCACCAGAGCCCACCGCCUUCCCCUUUACGUCGGGCAGCUCAGUACAGAUCCAGUCCACCAGUAGAGAGUGUUUGUCUGUACAGGUCCCAGUCUGGGUCACCUGUGCGCUACCAGACAGAGCAGCUCCCGGGCCGACCCAAAUCUCCCCUCUCUAAAAUGAGCAGCCAGCGUUCGUUCCAGCUGAGCUCACAGCCCUCUCUGUCCUCCCAGCACCACCAAGCCCAAGGGCUUCGUCUCCAGCCUUCUAUAGCCCAAAUAGUCCGCACAAAUCAGCCCAGUAAUGUCAUGGGCAACAGCAUUUAUGGUGGCCAGAUGGGUCACUCCAUUGGUGGUCGCUACCAAGGGGGUUCAGUAGACGUGGAGAGCCGGCUGGUAUACCAGCCUUCCCUGGAUGGACGGUCAAUGCCCCAGGUCCAGCCCAGCCUCAGUUCUGGGGCCCUCUGUCAGCACGGCGGCCGAGGAGGGGUUAUGGAGUCGGGCCUGUUGAAGGAUGAUCUACCCCAGCGCCCCUCCUCUGCCUACCGCGCCAGCAGCGGGGGCCCGGGGGGCAUCCGUUACAGCCAGACACCUCAGAUAAGCCGCAGCCAGUCAGCCGCCUACUACCCAGUCUCUGAACACGUACUGGAGCGCGCCAAUGCCAUGCCCCCCUGCCAGCUGGGCUCUCCCGAGAUCCCCCAUAUGGUGAGACGCCCCGUCAGUGCCAAUACUACUGAGAUGAAGCAGCACGUGCCCACCCCCAGGCCUCUCAUCCAUUCUCAGAGCGUAGGCCUUCGAUUCUCCCCCUCAAGCAACAACAUCUCAACUGGAUCCACCUCAAAUUUGGCGCCGGGCUUCAGGCCUUCCUCUUCCAUUCAGCAGAUGGAGAUCCCCCUGCAAGCCACAUAUGAGCGCAGCUGUGAUGACAUCUCUCCCAUCUCUCCUUCCCAGGGUGGUGGGGGGCUGUAUCAGGGCGAGACCACACGCUCUCGGAACACACCUUUCAUGGGCAUCAUAGACAAGACGGCGCGGACUCAGCAGUACCUGCAUCAGCCCUCGCGGUCCAGGGCCAUGACGUCCAUGGACUCAGCCAUCAGCCCCACCUCGCCUGGCCAGCUAGUCCAGCAAGGCUCCACCUACAGUCCCCCCGCCUCGCUGGGCAAUAUCGCCUACUACAACAAGACAAACAACGCCCAAAAUGGACACCUGUUGGAGGAGGACUACUACUCCCAGACCCAGCCCCCCUCACUGGGCAAGCUGGCCAACGGCUCCCGCGGCGGUGGAGACAUCCUGGAGCGGGUCAGCCAGGUGCCCACCUACCCGGAUGUGAAGGUGGCAAGGACUCUGCCCGUGGCACAGGCCUACCAGGACAACAUGUACCGCCAGCUCUCGCGUGACUCCCGGACCCAAGGCCCCACCUCCCCCAUCAAACCAAAGAGACCAUUUGUGGAGUCGAAUGUGUGAUGGUCUGUCUGUGAUUGGUUGGUUGGACUGGGCUUGUUCGUGGGAGUGAGAGGAGAAAAAUAUAUAGCUCAACAGCAGAUGCUGCUGACCUUUGUGUAUGUGACAUGGACAAACUCACCUUAAAGAACUCACAAGAGAGAUCCAUUCAGAGAGAAAACCACACAGCCGGCACACACACACACAUUUAGGGUAUUAGACAUUAUCUUAUAUGAAAAACAUAACUAACAGUGAGAAACAAUUAUUUCAUUAUCAUAUUCUGCACACAGGUAGGAUAACAGGAGGGUCCUAAGUUCUGAUCUCAUACUGAAUCAAAGACCAGUGCACUUCCAAAAUGUUGUGUGGCACAAAGUUCCCACAAGUUAACACAACAGGUGGGACUGUAAGAGUGAAAGUACUAAUCAUCGGACUCUACUUGUGGACUCUGUAUCCAUCUUCUGUUCUUUCAAAGUGUGCUCUUAACCAAGGUUGCUAGUAGGCUCUAUUCUAUGUAAUACAAUAUUAUAUGUUCAAUACUGUACAUUGCUCAGAAAAUACAAAUGGCUCAACAGCUCAGUACUUAGAGAAAAAUGACAAUAUUUAUAAUUAAGUUAUAUAUUGUACAUAGAAAUAAAACAAAACAUAGUUUGCGUUUGAAUUGUAUUCUGUUAACCCUGCCUUUGUGUCCCACUGCUAGUCAUAUGGAUGUGGAAAAACCGAUCCAGGGUAAGGGAUGAGGGACAUUGACCAACUUUGAAUGAUAUAAUUGCCUCUAUUGUGUCAAAAUAAAAAUAUUUUGUUGUGGUUUAAUGGAAGAAAAUGCUUUCUAUGCUACAAUAGGUCCUGAAUUAUCUGAACAAAGGCUGCAUAUAACAAUGAAUAUCUUUAUCAAUUAAUCUGCAGAUUAUUGUUUGAUAGGUUUUUUUCCCUAUCAACCAACCUUCAAGUCCAAGGUGAAGUCUUCAAAUUUCUUGUUUUGUCAGACGAACAAUUUGAAAGUUAUUCAGUUUACAAUUAUAUAAAAACAGAGAAAAGCUGCAAAUCCUCACACUGGAGAGGUUAGAACCAGAGAAUGUUUUUGCUUGAAAAAUUACUGCAAUUAUUAAUCAAUUAUCAAAACAGUUGGCUAUUAAUUUCCUGUCAGUCAAUUAAUGGACAAAAGUCAAGCUUUAAGCUGGUAUUCAAAUGUUGGUGUCAGAGCGAAUAUCCAGACAUUUCACAUGGUCCCUAUUUCUAUUUUUGUAUCCCUUUUUGUUCAUGUUUGAAACCAGAAACUUCACCUCAUUUCUGAGGUUCAAAUAUGUCCAUUAUAAUUUUCUAUUUUUUAAAUUUCUUUUUGUAUCAUUACGGUAUCACAGAUCUCAUGAUAUGCCUUAGUGUGAAGUUAAACCAACUGUCAUGGCUGCAGUCUGACAUACUGGACCAGCGUCCUGUUAAUAGACAGCUUUGAAUACUUGCUUAACCCUCUGCUUAUCAAUUACUACAGUUUUAUACAAGCUUAUAUGAUUGUUUUGCAGAAUUCAUAAAACUUGUUUUGAGGACAGAUUGUUGUAUUAGACAAAAACAAAUAGAUGUUGAGUGCAAUACAUUUGUUUCUAGGGAUUUUGAAUCAUCUUUUAACUGUCUGAUGCUGGUCAAAUGAUGAAUAGAAAAUCCUGUCAUAGGUGAUUUUAUCAUACGGCAAGAGUAUCAAAGUUCGCCUUUGUCCCUCCUCCGAACGCAAUGACGCUGUAUGUUCCUGAGAGAGAGUAGAACGUACAGUACAUAUGCUAGUGAUGGGUUAACAUGGAUAGUGCUCAGCGAUUAAAAGCAAGCAAAUGCAUACACGACCACUGUUACAGACGUUUCCCUUUCUCCUGCAUUACUUUGUGUCGUUUCUUUUUACCCACAAUGCAUUUUUAUUCUGCCACUUCUGCACUAAAAAUGCCUGUUAAGUUCUUAACUAAGGGUGCACUUUAUGUAUUUUACUUACUUUGUUGUUAUGAUUGUUGAAUUUGGAGAAAGUGGGUGUGUGAUCAGUCAGACCUCUGACCAGUGAUACAAGACUAUCAUAGACACUAUUAUUAUAUGAUUUACAAAGCAGUGAUGAAUGACAAUAUGAAGAGCAAACAAUGUUUUUAAACUGGUGAAGAUGUAUAGACUUUCUAGCACAAGUUGUAUAUACCGACUCAGAUAUUUCAGUCCAGCUCGGGUUCGAUAGUAGAGCAAGUCUGUUUAAAGGCCUAUCAUAUUUAAGUAUUCCACAUCCUAAAAAAUAUCCAUUACAGUCCUCUAACUCUGAAGUAGCCAGUCUAAUUAACUGGUCUUGCACACAUCUUGAAAUUAAGUCGAAUCUACUGCAAAAAAAGAAAAAAAGGAAUGAUUGAGGUUUCAAUACGCAGAAACUCCAUAUUUGGAGUUUGGGUGAAAGAGAAAGUGGAAUAAUGAGAAUAUUCAAGUUAUUUGUAUAUGUAGGAAAAGUUAUAGACCAUUUGUCUGUAACAUUUUAUUUUGGUUCUCUGAUAAAGAAUAUCUAAAGAGAGACAGACCUCCUGACUGUCUCCUGUCCAUUCUCAGUUUCACCUGCUACCAGAGAGAUGCCCUACUUAUCUUUACAGAAAUGAAGGUAUAAACUGUAUUAUACUUAAUUUAAAUGAGACUUCUAACUUGAGGAUAUUUGAGGGUGUAUGGUUUCAAGCUGUCUGUGUAUAUUAGUUUGCUGUAAAUAGUCUGAUGCAUGUUCUAUUCUUUCCAUGAGCUCAAGCAGAAACAUGUAUAGCAGUGUUCUGACCUCUGGUGUGUGAUACAAUGUUCGGAUCAAGAUAAGGAGACUGCUAUCCCUGAACUAUCCUUAUCAUUUUCCUUCAAACUCACCAGACAAAAGCGAAAAAGGUUCUUUUAUUUUAUUUUAAUGUAUUUGCUUGCUGAGCAGAGUUCUCUUGUCUGUAAAUGUGAGCUUUCAGAUCGCUGUGAUAAAAAGUUUAAUUAAAAACAAUAAAAAAGAAUGUGUUUUUAUCUCAUGAUAACUGAUUGUAAUCUGUACAGUCAAACCUAUGUAUUGGAAAAAAAGAACAUAUUUAUAAAUGGUUACCAACUGAAACACA